GGGUAGUCAGUGCAACGAGGUCAACGGUGGUGUCAGGCAGCCGUUAGCUUCAGUUCCACUGUGAGGUCCGCCACUACCUAUUACUACUGCCGCUGUCAUCUCUAAGCUGUGUUGUGCGUGGUGUGAGAAUGGUGGUGAUGAGUAUGAAGGGCGGCGCCCCUCGUGCGGCCGCCACGUCUCUGUUGCUGCUGCUUGUUAGGACCACCCUCGCUGCCGACAUCAUUAAGGACUUUAUCUGGGGUGAUACUGACAAAAUGGUGACCUUCGAAAAUACAGGUUCAACAUAUGAGAUGAUCUACUUGAAACUGUUAACAUCUCAGUCCACUUCCACCCUGACACAGUCGGUGCUGGAAAGCGUCGAAGUGAUUGACGACUUCACCAUCACAGGCGAUCCGAAUAUGGGUGGAAAGUUUCCGGACCAGGACUUCUCAACUGCAAACGUCGACCCAAUUUCGAACUGUGGACAAUAUUUCGUCUGUGUAGCAGUCUGGGUCGGGGAAUCAGAUGCCGCACCUGUAGCCGACUAUAAAUGUGUCAGUCAAGAGGAAGAGUGCCUUGGGGAGGUGGACUUGAGUUGGCAGCUACAGGUAAUAACCAGCGAAGAACCCGAACUGUCACUCACGGCCGGGGGGUCUGUCACAGCCAGGGGUGUGCAAGUAAGCAUCAGGAAUGGUGUAUACGAUCUACCUAAAACGAGUGCCCUGAACGUUCCUGAAGUUGUAGCCUUCGUCUCUUACAUCCCACCCUUUCCGAAGGCAUACGAGAUAUUGGCCGAUGAUGAGAUGACAUUAUUCGAGAAGAUAGAGGCGUUCACAGCGAUGCACUUAUUCUUGUGGGAAAAAGAAGGCAUGUUCAGAAGUGACCUUCUGUCAGGCUGGGAGCUGCUCUUGGUUGACGUCGAGAAUAAUGGACCCAAGAAUAUCAUCGAGAUGUUGGAUGUGGAUAUGAACUUGUUAAAAGGGCCAGCCAAACUACCUUGUCAUAUACCAUUUGGUAUUCUCACUCUGAUGAUCGACCCCUUCAGUAUGACUAAUGAUGUGAACAUAACAAAUAACCUUCUCAUGUCUCCAAUUCAGCUCAUUUGUUCUCAGUUCAACACGGAAGGGAGCACGUGUCGGGUGAUCCCUGACAUGGCCAAUGAGGGUAGGGAUGCCCUCCUCCUCAUCAACGACAAGAAGCUGCCACCUGGCUACAUAUACAAGGGUGGGUCAGGACGAGGGGGGAUAGUGGCAGCCACAAUGGAGGAUGUGUUCCUGAAGGUAAAGGAGCAUGCCUUGACUACCCAGCGCGUCGCCAGGUUACAGGCACUCAACAUCUGUCCCGACACCAGUUGGGCUGCCAGCAACGACUCACUGGUUAUGGAGGUCAGGUCACUUGUUAAGAGCCUGGUGAUCGACAUGAACGAGGUUGCCACAGAUGGCGAUAUCCAGGGUGAAGUCCACAAACAGGUGAUGUUGGUGGCGGGUCUGGUAGGUACCUUGAUGGAUCAGAUAGUGGAACAGGAUGGAGUCCUACGGAGAAUCGUGCUCAAUUCGGCGAGACAGCACCUCAUGAUGAUGUUACACAUUUUUUAUGGACCCAUGGCCCUGAUGAAGUGCUCAGGUAGAAUGGACACUUGUGAUGAUUUUAAUGAGUGCAGUAACAUAUGGAUGGCUUUUAUGGGAAUACCCCCACAAGAUAUAAUGGGUCCAAUGGAUGGAUAUGGCCAGCAACCAUUUGGUGAAAGAGGCCCUAACCCACACAGAGAAAGGGGGCCUCCUAUGUCUGCCAAUGGCAGGCCCUCACGACAGGCAGCACAUGGCGGUGGCCUCUUGAAAGCUAAGGAAUUUAUUAACCAAGAGGAAUGUAAUUUCACAUGUGCGGACAAUCAGGUGUUGGAGUGUCAGAAGGUGUGUGAUGACGUCGAGGACUGUACAGAUGGCACAGACGAACUCUUCUGUCCCUCAAAAAUAGAUGACGGAAAGAGAGCAACUAUGGAACAUGACACAAUUGCUAGAGGAGAGCAAGAUCCGGGAUCUGAAUGGAUCACUGAUGAAUCUAGGACUAAACGAUCGCCGAGGUCAAGAUCACGGCGUGAUACAUCUAACUAUUAUGAGGAAACAAGUAGUGAAGGAGGUAGUGAAUCACAUGAGUAUGAAACAAGUAGUGAAGGAGGUAGUGAAUCACAUGAGUAUGAAACAAGUAGUGAAGGAGGUAGUGAAUCACAUGAGUAUGAAACAAGUAGUGAACACGAUUAUUAUUAUGAAGCACCACAAGACGAUUAUUAUAAUGAAGCACCACAAGACGAUUAUUAUAAUGAAGCACCACAAGACUAUUAUUAUAAUGAAGCACCACAAGACGAUUAUUAUAAUGAAGAACCAGAAAGAUAUGGAAUGCCUAGAGGACUAAAUGAUUAUAGAUCAUCUCAUUGGAGUCCCAAUUCAAACAGUCCUGAAGCCAACUUCUUUUCAAGAAUAAUGGAGAAGUGGUCGAUGAAGGUGCACAUGAGGUUGAUGAGUGGGGCACAGCCUGAGGACUUGGUGGAGCUUGACUUCCUGCCUCUGUCCACCCGCCAGAAUAUCAAGGAGGUGUUCGACAUGGGAUUGAGCGGCAAGUUUGAAACAUUUUCUCGCUUCGCAGAAAUUGUUCACAGAUCAAAAGCCUUCGAAUUGAUAAGGAAGUUCCUAAUGCAGAAUAAUACAAUUGGGAUUGAGAUGCUGGAGAGUGUGGUGGAGCCCUUGUUGGACUUCAUCACAAACAAUGUGAGCGAAUUGCUGAGGACGGAGAUCCAGGGUGAUGAAACUAUGGAUGCCAUGCUUGACCUCCUGCUCUCGUAUAUCGAGUCCGUCAAGAACAAGAAGGAACAAGUUUUCGGUUUAUUGCGUUCGGUGGUUAAGAUGGUGACCACACGAACACCAUGUUCAUUGUUAAAGCAGCCCGGCCCCAACCCUACCAAGGAGAUGUUUUGUCUCAGAGCUGCACAAAAAGACGUGGUGCUUAUGCAAGGAAACUUGAUGGAGCUACAGGAGAAUGAGGACUUCUUCCAAAAACCUCUCCAGGAGUUUAUGAUGUCCUUAAAGGAAGGUCUACGAAGUCCUGUAUUUUGGAAGAUAGAGAACGAAGGCAUUUACAAAGGUGAACAGUGCCCAGUCACUGGCUUUUACAUGUGGGAAAAGGUGGCAGUUUGUUCUUGUCCAAGGGGAAGAGGAAGAGGAAGGGGAAGAGGAAGGGGAAGAGGAAGAGGAAGAGGAAGGGGAAGAGGACAAGAUAAUUCAGGAAAUCAGGGAUGGGGUAACUCAGGAGAUAGGGGAUGGGGUAACUCAGACAACUGGGGUAGUUCAGGAAAUGGGGGAUGGAGUAACUCAGACAACUGGGGUAGUUCAGGAAAUGGGGGAUGGAGUAACUCAGACAACUGGGGUAGUUCAGGAAAUGGGGGAUGGAGUAACUCAGACAACUGGGGUAGUUCAGGAAAUGGGGGAUGGAGUAACUCAGACAACUGGGAUAGUUCAGGAGAUGGGGGAUGGGAUAACUCAGACAACUGGGAUAGUUCAGAUGGGGGAUGGGGUAACUCAGGAGAUAGGGGAUGGGGACAAGAAACAACAACCAACAGACCACAAACAGAUAGGUCCAAUGACUUAAGCCCAGCAGAUAUCUUCAAUAUGUUCCAACAAGGAAAUAUCAACCCAGAUAACCCAGUCUUUCGAGACAUAAUGAACAUGAUGCAGAAUGGGUUCCCAACCCGUUCCAGAAUCACCAGAGGCUUACACGGCAACCCACAACCAAUGAAAAAAUUGAAACUCUCAAGAGCUUAUCUAACAAACUUGCAAAAGAAACAUGUAGAAGAACGUCUGGUAGUGACAGGGAAGUUGGUGGUCUGGGACCUGCAGCGUGACGAGGAGAGCUAUAUCUGUAAGGACACUUGGAAAGAGAAGGAAGCCCAAGUGGCCUGUCGUGUACUGUUUGACCAUCACCCCACAGCAAGGGUGGAGCAUGCAGCACCUCACAGUGAGACCCUCAGUGACUUGUCCUCCUCCAAAAUCAUACUAGAUAAUUUCAAAUGCAGAGGUGAUGAGCCUGACCUCCUUCAGUGUACAUACCGCAGAAACAAAGUUGGUGAGGGAAAAAGAAUCUGUAACAUUAGGGAACUUGCUGGAGUCAAAUGUGUGCUCUCACCCAAGAAAUUACAACUCAUGAAGUUGAAGCAUCACCCUAAAUAGACAGAUCUUUCUAAAUUUCAGCAUCAAGAAAUAACACUGAUCCAGUUUUGUUGAGUGCUGUGUCAAAUGUUUCUUGUGUCAUGUUAUUUUGAAAUGAAUAAGUACAUUAAUAAAUUGAAAGUUUAAUGGUAAAGUUAAGGCAUAAACUUCACUCGAGUGGUCUGUUUGAAACAAUACUGUACUUGUAAAGCAUGCAAGUGUUACUAUUCUGCUAAUCUCUUCAAAGAUGGUAAUAUGUGAGAAUCCUAAUACAGUACAGGGUCAUGGCUAUUAAGAAAAACAAAAUUGUGAGUAAUAGACUAAUAUUAUCAUUGCUGUUGUUUGUGUUAAAGUGGUAUCUUGCAUGUUUUACCAUUCACAACAUAAAGUUUAGUAUUUGAGUGCAAAGUUUGUUGCCUUAACUGUCAAUGAGAACUCAGACCAUUCUUACAUCCUAUAUACCAGGGGUUUUCAAACUAUGGGUCCCGACCCUUCAGUGGAUCGCGAAAUAAAUAAAUUGGGUCGCAAAAUAAAAAUGGGUCGCGAAAAUAAAUAAGAAAAU